AAGUAAAGAAAAUUCAAACCACACAAGUGAGAAGGAGGAGGCAAUGGCGGUCUUAUCCACCAUCUUCUCCGUGACCACCAGAGCUACAACGCCUCCUAUGGCGUCUCUAACUAAUGACUCACCGUCUCCACUUCCUUCUUCUUCUUCACCGUCGAAGAAACCUGGAAAACUAAUCAAAGUGAGCAAACAAAUGGGUGAACAAAACCAGCAAUUACGGAAGCAACGGCGAGGCAACAAGCCUUCGAUAGCUCAGAUCGAGCGAGCCUUCGGGGCUGGAUCAUAUCGCGAUUCCGAAGGGGAAAUGGAUAUGAAUACAGUAUUUGAUGAGCUUCUAUUAGGCCAUGCUAAUAAAUUCGAAGGAAAGGUCGAGAAGAAGCUACGAGAGAUUGGCGAAAUCUUCGUAGCUAAAACAGAGCCUAAGCUUCGUUCCUCUGGGAAGCCAGUAUUAAUGUUUACAAUUCAGUGGAUUCUUCCCAUAUGGAUUCUGUCUCUGCUCGUAGCUUGUGGAGCUAUCAAACUCCCUUUUAGCAUCCCUUUACUUGAUGACCUGAUCAUGUGAACUCUUCUGCUACAACACACAUAUUACAUAUACCAUGUUUACUGUGAUAUAUGGAUCAUAUGAUAGAUAUCUUGAUAACUUCUCCAAUUUAGCAAGAUAUGGUUAGACUGGUGUAUGCAUUAACACUAUCCUACUAACAUAAAAGUUGGUGAGAAGUAUAAUCUU